AUGCACUCUUUGACCAGCAAGAAAGUUUAUGCCGAAACUAGUUCAUCUUUGUUCACAAGUGAAGAUAUGAAAGCGUUGAAAGUGAACUUCAAACCACCUUUAGCUGAAAUGAUGUUAUACCUGAUGUUGAAGUUACCAGCUUUCCGGAAGAAUAUGAAGAAUGUGUUCUCUCCAACAUUAUCAAUCAAACACUUAGAUUAUCAGAUUUCAAUCUAG